AUGGAUGAUCAUCAGAUACAUUUCAAAGCAAGGAGUCUCAUAGUAAUACCAAAAAAUGGUCCUUUUCAGAAUCCUGCCAACUUUUACAUUUGGUUCUUAGUAGAUUUGAUUAUCAUGAUACUCAUGGCAGUAAGUGCAAUCGUCUUGAUUACUCAAGUAUCAGCAGUAUGCAAAUUCUUCAAGGAUCGUGACUAUGUGAUAUACAUUCUUUUUUCAGUCGGUGCCAUGCUUUUAUUUCUCUGUAUAUUCGUGACAAGUAUUCACUCGAAAUACAUUCCUGUUCGUAUAAUCCUUGGAAUUGUGGUUACAUUAUGGUCUAUUAGCUUCGCUACUGAAUUUGAAUCUAUUCAGAUAGGAUUUGCAUUGAUAUCUCUGGGUGUGACAACCACGUUGCACAAAAUAAUCGAAUAUUCUGCAUUGUGGCAGCAGUUCUCAUUGGAUUAUUCAUAUUCUUUGCAAUGUUCAUUUGUCUUAGUUUACGAAAAUGGAUAG